UAUUUCGUUUCGCUUUCCAAAUACACUAAUCAUUAAUUGUGCAUUUUUGAAAAUGCUUUAAAUUAAAGUUGAUUUUUCUUGUCGUUUAUUAAACAAAUUACUAUUAUUUUAUUCAUAACAAAUGCAUGAUUGACUCCGAAUAAUUAUUUGAACAUCGAUAAUGAAGAAAAGUUAACAUGAUACAUUCGAAAGAUAAAUUAGACUUUCGCAUUAUUUUCGUUUUUCCACGAUUUUAAUGAACCAUGUCAAAGUGCUUCUGCAGUCCAAACAGAGAGGCAGUAUGUGAAAGAAAAGAGGCUGUAUCAAGAGGUCUUUACAAAAUGGAAUUUCGUUGUGAAAGAAUUUUUGUUUUUGGCACAUGGAGAAAAUAAUAGCCUAUGCAAUUCAGAAAUUAUAAAGAAGCAAGGGAUUGAGUGAUUAGAAAAUGAUAUUUAGAAUGCAGAUAAAGAAAAACAUAUGUUUAAAUUUUCAAAGAAGCGGCAAUAGUGGAUUGACCAAGACAUAUCAAAUAAGUGACAUUAUUUUACAAGUGAAUAUACUACUAAUAGUUGUAAAAUUAGGCAUAGGAUUAAACUUGAAAUAUUAAAUUAGCACAAGAAGUAUCAUUUGUUUUGUCUUCAGGUUCUUCAAAUAAAAUUUCUACUGCUGAACUCACAAAAAUUGCCUCAACUCUUCUGCUGUUGAACAAAAAUGAAGAAACAGCUUAGUUUCUCGGUCAAGCUCACACUUGAGGAAAUGGCCCUACGAAGAUACUUUAUCAAUUUAUGGUGUGAAAUGGACGUUUUGUCCUCGAUUGAGAACCUAAAAUAUGAAUAUCUUACGAAAGGUACCCUCCCAAGUGAUUUUGGAACAACCCUUAAUGAGAUGGUAAAAGAAAAGAUCUCAAAUCUCGUUCUACCCGAGUCGCUUAAGAAGCGGAUGAUGGUUUUAAUUAUACCAGUUGGUUUAGAUAUCGUAAGAUGGAAAGUAUUCCAUGAAAAUAGUGUUAAUUGGUCAUGUGAUGGUCUGGGUUUAGAUAUUCUGAAGCAAUUGUGUUGGACACCUGCUGGAACGGUGGAUUACCCAAAAACUGCAGAAAAACUUCUAUCCCUUGAAGCAUUGAGAGUUCAAACCCGCUACAAAUUAGCUGCUUUGUAUUGUUUAGUUGAUUACAUACCAUCGCUAUGGGAACAGCUUCCCAAAUCAUGUAAGACGCAUUAUUUAUCUGAUUCGCCUUUUGUGCCAUCUAGAGUAAAAUUGGACGUUGCUUGGGCUUACCUUUUGACGGAGCAAGAAUCUACACUGGAUAGCAUCGUUGCAAAUCUAUCUCCGGGGGAUUCUUUUCUGCAGCUUGCUUGUAAAUACUCAGCACUCGGUGGCAAUAAAGGAGGGGCUGAGUAUUUUUUUAAGAGGUUGACCAACGCAGAAAGGAACUCUUUUUUAGUUCCUUUAGUCAAUGAAAUCAUACUAGACAGAAACAGAGAGUUACGCCGACGGGCGGGCGAUUUUCCGAUCGAAAAACUCUCCGAAGUGGUGUGUUUUUUACUAUCGCAGGUGAGUCUGGAACAGCAGAUCCAAGUUUUAAAGAAGCAACCGUAUGAAUUUUUUAGAUGCUUUUUAGAUUGGCCAUUACAAGACCUUUGUUUGGAGAUGGCAUAUCUCUUUCAGUACUUUCUUUCUAAUCAUCAUUACUUUUUAUUUAUAGACUCAAUAGCUAAAGAUAUGGACAAUUCAAAUCAUUAUUUUCCAAACUUUUUGCAGGAGUUAUUCCAGAACAGUCCAAGCAUAUUUAAAAAUAUUUUCGUAGCUUUUGAACGUUUCCAUAUUUGUUUCUUUUAUAAGUUUUUUAAUGCCGAAGAUAUGCAGACUAUAAAAAUUAUUUUUAAACAUUUAGGUGUUGAUAGGGUAUUCACACUUGUCUCUCAACGUAAAUUUUUUGUGCUUCUUGAAACAAUUAUAAUGUUUAAAAAACAGCAUAUGGUAAAAAUGUGUCUUGAAGAGGUCUUGCAAUCCGAACAUCAAAAGAGCAGAGUAAAAGAAAAGUACAUGAAAUUCCUCUCAGAAUUUCGGACCGAUGUGUGCGUGAGAAAGCGCAGAUGGAGACAGAUUUUUCGAGACAUUGCGACUGCUGAUAGAAAAAGAGGCAUUAUUGAAGAGACGGCUACAGGAGCUAAAAAACGGCAGAAGACGAAAAUAACGUUCUAGAAGGAAAUUGCUUCUCAUUUCAUACAUGAAACAAAUGAGAACAGAGCGAAAUGAAGUUUUAUUGUUUACUGUCUUGUGAAACUGAAUUCAUAUAAAGAGGCUGACAAGACUCUAAUAAAAUCUUACAACAUUUCUCAUGAUUAAAAGACAGCAGACCAUUUUUUUUUUGUAUCCAUUGUGAUAAAAUCUUUUACUGAAUAACAUGCCUUAAAUAUCUAUUCCUUAUCCAUUGUUUUCCAGAAUGUAAAGAUAAGAUUGCAAACAUAUAUAAUUAGAAUAAUAAGGUAUUCAAGUAAUCAAAAAAUUGUUUUGAAUUUUAUUUAAAAAUGUCUCAAAUAGCUAUUUUUUUAAUUUAUUUAAUUUAUGCUGGUAUUUUUUUUUUUUUUUAAAUCUGUUAUCGAAAUUUUAAAAAAUAGGACUUAAGAAUACAAGAAAGUUUCUUCAAAAAAUUAAAUUAUAGUCAUAAAUUGCAGUUGAAAUAUUUUUAUUGAUGCUUUAGGGUGAAAUUCUUGCUAAAUAAAUUAUUUGAAUAGCAAGCUAUUCAAAAGGUUAUGUAUAAUAAACUGAUUUUAAAUAUAGACAAAAAAAAUGAAAACGAUGCAAUUAUGCAUGAAAACGAAAUAUGAGUAUAAUUUUAAGGUAGCUCUGAAAUCAGAUUUCUUGUGUUACGAAAUCUUUUUCCUAUUUUAAACUAAAAUUCCAAUUUUCAUGUAAAAAUUGAAUUUUUCAUUCGAAAUAAUAAAAUUAAAUCAUGGAAACGUUUUGACCGAAAUACCCAAAUAAGAAAGUUAUUAUAUUCAGGAAAUUUUCAUUCAAAUUGCUUAUUUGUUUAUUUCCAUAUGAUGUGUAAAGGCUGAAGCCAGUUUUUUUGUGUGUAUUGAAAAUUGUAUUAAAACUUAUAAGCAGAAGACAAUUAUUAGAUGCUAAAGCAUUACUGUAUGACACAUUUAUAGAUUUUAUUGCUAUAAGUUGUAUCUGAUGAGAAAAGUGUAGAACUGUUGUCAUUUGAAAAAAAAUUUAUUCUCUUAUAUUAUAUGUAAUAAGGUGCACAAUGUCAUGGAAAGUUCUUAAACUUGAAAAUUAUUUGCAUGCAACUUAAAAUUUCUUUUGAAAAGGGGGUCCUUAUUUAAGUACUUAAAUUGUUUGAGAAGUGCAAAUAAGUUCCCCCCUCUCCCAUACAUUCGUUACAAUGUUUAUAAAGCAUGGCCUUAAGGGUAUUUUUACCUAUUGAAUCAAGAAAGAAAUGUAAUAAACUGAUCGAAUUCAAACAGGGAAUCGUGUGAAAUAUAUCAAGGGGCUGCCAACACAUAUUAAGAUAGUGCUUAGUGACUUUUCCCUUUUUCAUUCCCACUUUCUUCAACAAUGUGCACUGGCAUUUUUUGAGAUACUGGAAUGGUUAUCCAGAAUGGGCCAUAUGCGAUAGUACAGUGUCAUCCUUUUUGCAACAUAAACAAUGCUCAAAUUUCAAUUUUUAGUGAGUUAGAUGGUGAAAAUUUUAUUUUAGAUUUGAUUGAUAAAUAUAUUAUUACCUUUUUAUGUAUUAAUAUAGAAGAAUACAUAGAUUGGUCCCUUUAAAAAUAAUUUUUAUGCGCCAAAAGUAUUUAGCGAACAUUUCCCGGGAACCGGGACAAAAAGAUAGCACAGAAAAAGUUAAUUGAUGCAAGUCAUCUAAAAUUCAAAUUCUUGAGCCUUAAAUGUGAAACAUGUGAAUCUCAUUCAGAUUAAUAUCUGAACCAUAACCUAAGAAGAAUUAUGAGCAAUUCUUUCAUUAUGCUUUCCAUUAUCAGCUCUUUAUGAUUUUAAAACCAAACUCAAGGUUUUCUUUUUUAGUUUAGUUGAAGUGACUCAUUUCUUUACAAAAUCAUCAAAUAUAUUAUUACUCUUUUAGACUUUUUAAAUAUUAUUGCUUUUUAUUUACAUGGAAUAUUUUAUGUAAA